GUGGCCGCUCGCUCCGCCAUAUAAUAAACAGUCACCUUCUCCCUAUUCCCACAGCCGAAACCCUAGAUCUCGCCGCCGCCCUCCUUGGCUCGCGCUGCUCUGCUGCUGCUCCUUGGCUCGCUCUGGGAGAAGACGAAGAGGAGAAAAGAAAGCCGAGCAUGAAUCCAGAUCCAAUGGAAGUGCAAGAACCACCACCCCAUAGGAACGAGAAAACCAUCUUUGAGAUAUGCAGAGAAGCCAGAAACUUUCGUACUAAUGCUAGGAGGUGUGGCACUCUUAUUCAGCCCUACGAAUUUAGCUGUCCACAAACUGCAGAACUUGGAUUUAAAGAUGGUUAUAUCUAUUAUUCAAGCAAGGCAAUAAAGUUUGCUGCGGAUAAAGAACAAGGAUUUGACUCAGGGGAACUGCAGAAACGAGCUGCCACCUUCUGGGUUCUGAAUGAAGUGCCUUUUGGUCAGCUAAACCCAUUGGGGCUAAAUCCAUCCAUUGAUGUAGGGAUUGUUAAGACCUACGGCGUGGCCUAUAAUACCCUAAUUGGAAAAACAAUCAUUGCCUUUGCUCGCUCUCAACAAAGUGUGCUCUCCUGGAUAGCAAAUCCAGAUAACAGUAUGUUCGUUCGUGAUCAGUUAAGAAAUAGUAUUAGGUCUUUGUAUGUGGCACUGGAGAGGUUAUGGGACAAACAGUGGACAGUAGAUAAUGUGGAAGAUAUUGGAACUUACGCUAUUAAUGAGAAUAUGAUCCAAAUUAUGCCAUUCCGAGUUCGUGGAAGGACUCCUGAUGAUGAGAUGACACCUAGGCAGGGUUUGCAACUACUGAUACAGACCAAUAUUUUGCAACACUGGCCAGAUGAUAUUGAACUAGCGCACUUCAAUGCAUUCCUCAUUAACCCAAAUAUAAACAUAAGGAAACAAGAUGUCCUCGAUCAUCCAUUCCUAGUCACAGUCCCCCACGUUAGGGAGAGCAAGUAUAAAAGAUUAUAUGAAGAAGGAAUUUUUUUUACCGAUGACCAAAUAGAUUGGUUGGAGAACCAUAUCUUCUUACAGGGGUAGCAAGGCAAAGUUCGGGACCCGUCUCUUACAGCGAUUCUGGUCCAUCAAAUUGAAGUUACCCAGGGGGUGGGGUUUGCUCAAACAGUUUUUGGAGCCUUGCACUUUGCCAAAGUAGUCAUAGCUCAUUAUCACCAGUAUGAUAUUAGUAGGCGGCCUCUUCUUGAUGAUGAUCUCAGGCAUCUUCUGCGAGGACUUCUUACUGGAGUAUAUGGUGCUAGGUUUAAUGAGGAAUUUAUUGCUUUGGGCUAGGGCUAGGGCUAGUCAGACUUAUUGUCUCCGCUUCAUCCAACUACCAUGUCCUAUGGUCAGUGUAUGAAUUGUAAACCUUAAUUAUCUCAGCCUUAUCCAACUAUUCAUGUGUGCUUUGUUAGCUUUCUUACUUAUGAUUGCUUGCAAGUAGUCAAAUAUGCACCAUGUCCUAUGGUCAGUGUAUGAAUUGUAAACCUUAAUUAUCUCAGCCUUAUCCAACUAUUCAUGUGAGCCUUUUCAGCUUUGUUUUGAUU